AAACGGAUUCAGGCAACACCAUUUAGAUGGUGUUUGGAGGUGGACAACGCAUUGGAAAUAAAUUGUCCUUUGUUGAGGGAAGUGUUGCGUAGAUGGGUUCCACAAGGGGAAUAUAUUCGUGUAGGUCAGCAUUUGGUGGGGUUAUCGGUUUAUGAUGUUUGUGUAUGCUUAGGUCUUAGUAUGGUUGGUAAAUGUGUUGAAUUUGAUGAUGAUGUAAGUGGGGUAGUAGGUUCACUUUUUGAGAAGAAACCAAUCACCUUGCGAGACAUAAUUAAGAAGAUUAAGAACCUAGUGGUUAGUGAUGAUGAUGUAGAGAAUGCGUGUAGGUUGUAUCUGUUACUUUGUUUUACUGUAUUUUAUUUUCCUAGGACAUCUAGGACAGUGACCAAUAUGCCUUUCAAAGUGUUAGACAACGUUGACAACUUAAGCGAAUAUAAUUGGGCAGAGUCAGUGCAUAGUUUUUUGAUCUCUGCACUCAAUCGUGGAUGUAAGGUUGUACGAGAAAAGAUAAAUACUCGUAGCCUUAACUUAGCCGGAUCUGUUGUAGUUGUUCAGGUUUGGGCUGCUCGUCGUCUUGGCUUAGAAGAUGUAGAGGGGGAGGUUCAAUUCCCAAGAUUUCUGCGGUGGCCCUCCGUGAAGAUUAGGACACCUAAUAUUGAGUCUGCUUUUGAAAAGAAUAAGAUUGUGUUUGGUUGGGCCCUAACUGCAGAGGAGAGGAACAACCCAAUAGUGCAAAAUGUCGUUCACAUUGAUGAACAAUAUAAUGUGAAUAAUGAUGGCAUGCAGGGUGUUUGUCAUUCCAAACAGCAAGUGGAUUUGGAAGAAAAAUUUGAAAAACAUGAACGGAUGAUUCUUAACAUGAAAGAACAGAUAAAGAAGAUGCGUGAUGAAUUUUUUGAUGCUCCUGAACCUGACUCCUGUGCAGGAAAAGGAAAUGAUGUUAAUGAAGAAGAUAGAUGUUCUUCUGAGCAAUGGAAGUCUGAUGAAGGCCAGGCUUGUCCUUCACACCGGGAAGAGAGUCCGCAACCUCAUCAGUGUGAGGAAGAUGACCUCAAUGACAAACCAAAAGCCAACCAUAAUGGAGACGACAAAGCUAUUAAGCCUAACACUGAAGGUCAAAGUAAUACACUAUUUAUAGAUAAGGCUAAAUUGUAUAAGGAUGUGACUGCUGUUGGUUGUCCCAGAACUAUUUAUGUUGAUUUGAAUGGUGAGAUAUUGAGGAGCGAUGAAUGUCAAUGUUUUCGUCCACGUGGUUGGAUUGAUAACAUGUCUAUAAUGUUUGCAGCGUACGAGUUCAUGUAUAGACAGAAAAUGCUGACCGGGAAGAUUAGCAGGGUUAUAUUCAAUCCUUUCUAUACAGUACAAAAUGUGGAAAAUCUCUUUUGGCUAUUAAAUGACAAAAAUAAAUUGAAGCCAACAUUUGAAGUCCAUAUUGAAGACGUUCCUGAACAGCCUAAUUUGCAUGAUUAUGGUAUUAUGGUGUUGAAGUAUCUUGAGAUAUGGGAUGGCAUAAAAAGAUUUGAUGGGAAAAGCAUGCCAGCUUACACUGAUGAGGAUCUACAACAAUUCAGGCAGCAGUACAUUUGUGACUGGAUUCUUCACCCAGAAAAUAAGCAUAGGGAGGCUGUACUUGAAAUAUUUAAACCAUCUUUAAAGAAGUAG